GCCAAAAAUCAAGUUUCGGCUGCAGUUUCGUUUUCGGCCAAAAUCGGCCGAAAGUUUUGCCGAAACCGAAACUUAUCUCGCAAGGUCACGCACGUUCGCCUAACUUCGUUUUCCGCGGCAAAGCUGUGUCGUAAGCCGUCGGCUCUGUUCGGAAAUCAUCGUGUGCCGUUCGGAUAGCUCCGUAGUAAUGCAAUAAAACUUAGUCAGUGCGUGUGCGUCCGACGGAAACAUUAUUUGGAGGUUAUGUUUUGAUGGAACUGAUAACAUAGUAAAAUGUCACAACGAGAAAAAAAUCCGAUUUGGCAGUACUUUGAUAAAAGUAUCAGUGAUACAUCAAAAGCUGUUUGCAAGAUAUGUAACAAGUGCUAUUCAUUAGGAAGCCACGAAGCUAAAAAACAAACAUCACAUGGACUGAGGUUGCAUUUAUCAAAAUUUCAUGAUCAGGAAUAAAGGAAGUACAAAAACGUGUCUCAGAAUUGAAUGAUUUCAAAAGUGAAGCAAAAUUGAAGCGAACAGACUCGAGUGCAUCGUUGAAAAAAUCGAGCGCAGAUCAGUCAACUCUUGUUCAGACAACUAUCUUAAGUUUGACUUCUAAACCUAAAGUUGCACUAUGGCCUGAUGAUCAGGAAAUUACAAAAAGUGAAUGAUGGAGAUAAUUUGCCUAGGCAAAUAUGUCAGGCCUGUUUAGAUUUGCUGAACAAGUCUUACUACUUCAAACAAUCAGCUGUGCGCUCCAAUCUUAUUCUGAAGCAGCAACUUUUAGAUGAGGAACAACCAGUAAAAUUGGAGAGUCUCUCCAAUGAUCAUGAAAUCCUUGAAAUAAAUGUAGCCGAAAUAGCAGAUGACGUGCUGAGUCAAAAUAUUGUAUCGGACAACGAUUUGAUGCCUGACCGAUCCAUGGAACCUGCAGAAAUUAUUAGGAGAAUAAGGAAGCGGAGAGAAUUAGAGAGACCCCUAAAGAAACGAACUAGAAUGAAAUGUCCUAAAUGUGAGAAAUCAUUUCACAAAUACGAUAACUUUGAAGCACACAUGCGGAGCCACUUUGGUAAAAAGCCUGAUAUAAAAUGUCAACACUGCGAUAAAACGUUUCCAACAGUCCGCAAUCUUCACAGUCAUAUUCGGACGCACACGGGUGUCCGUAAAUACCAGUGCCUGACUUGUGGGAAGAAUUUCGGCUACUUGAAUGUUCUGAAGAAUCAUGAGAUGAUUCACAAGGGCAUCAAGAAGCAUGUGUGCCAUAUAUGUGAUGCUAGAUUUGUGCAAAGUAAUAAUUUGAAGACUCAUCUAGAAACGCAUAGUAAUCAGAAGAACUACAUUUGUGUGCAGUGUGGCAAAAAGUUCGCUCAGCAAGGCAACCUCAAGACUCAUUUGAUCAGGCACUCUGGAAUUAAGAACAUAGCGUGUCAUUUGUGUGAUAUGAGAUUCUAUAUCAAGGGCGACCUUUUCAAACACAUGAGAUCACAUUCUACUGACAAACCAUUUUCUUGUCCAUACUGUGAUAAAAAGUUCAAAAGUCAGAGUUUUAAAGUAGUGCACAUGAGAACUCAUACAGGUGAACGUCCCUACGCUUGUGACCUCUGUCCCAAACGAUUCAUGGCACGGAAAGACAUGAGGAACCACAGAAUGAUACACACCGGUGAAAAGCCCCACAAAUGUCAACUUUGUGAUCAAGCCUUCAUACAGAAAAGUGCUCUGAACAGACACAUGAAAGGACAUAUGCAGAAGGAUAAUGAUAAACCUCAGAAUAUUUUAUUAAGGGCAAGGUUACAAGGUGUGGCUGAGCAUCGGCAGUGGGAUGAUGUCUGACAGUUGUAAGACGGUUAGAAUAUAAUGCUACUUGUACCUGAAUAGUAUAUCAACUGGUUUUAUUGGUCUGUUUAGUCUUCUACCAUUUUUCAGUUAUUGAAUUUCGUUUAAAAGAUUAAAAAUGAAACAUUCAAUUAUUUUACGAAAUCGUUAUUUGUGAAAUAUUUUGUGCAGUAUUACAAAAACCUUACCUCCAAUUUGAAUAUUUUUGUUCUUUGAAUAGGAUCUUGGAUUUUAUCAAAGGACACGCAAUUACUUACUCAAUAAAUGUAUGUAAAUAGUC